UUACUGUGUCGUAAGAUAGAUAUUUAACGCUAAUUUGUAAUUUUUUUUUCUUGUCGCGAUCCUUCGCAUCACUUAUUCUGCUAUAUAGCGUGUACAUUAGAUUAAUGAUGAGCAAUGGUAAGAAGGUAGGUGAAAAUUCCAGUAGUGAGGUUGUUAACCAAUUUCGAAGCUGUAGGGAUCUCAGCGAUAUCGUGUCCCUGUAUACACCACGCGCGCUUUACUUAAAACCGGUUGCAAAAAUAAAUGUUUCAGUAAAUCUUCCUCAGCUGAAAGUACCAGGCAAAACAAUAUCAACAUGGGAAGUAAUGGAGAAGAUUCGUGCCCUUAUACUACCGGACGAGUUUGCAUCUCUGAAGGUAGCCAAGAGUACAUUGGAAUUUAUCAGAUUGGAAGGAGACUUGCAAGACAGAUGCAGACUGCAGCGUGUGCUUGCAAGACUGGACUCCCAGCGGUUGAAUCUGUCUGGAUUUCCCAAUGUAUUAAAAGUCCGCGCAGCAGAGGCAAAGGAUGAUUUUCCCACAAGGCAUAGUUGGGAUUCUUACUUCAGAGAUGCAAAACACAUGAAUGAAUUGAAGCCUGGGGAAAGGCCUGACACUAUACAUGUAACAGGCUUGCCUGUUAAAUGGUUCACCGAAGAUGGUGCAACUAUGCCUAGUGAAUCCUUGAUCAGUAAAAUCUUCAAAAAAUGGGGAACACUCAGAAGAAUUGAUGUACCUGCUGCUGAUCCUUACAGAUCUAGAAUGCGUCUUGGCACAAAUAUAAAUAAAUUUAGUUAUGAAGAUGGAAUAUUUUUUGAUGCAUAUAUUCAGUAUGUUGAAUAUAUGGAUUUUGUUAGAGCUAUGGAUGCAUUGCGUGGCAUGAAACUCCUUAAAAAAGACGGAGAAAAUGCAUUCACGGCCGCGAUUAAGAUCAAUUUUGAUAAAACAAAACACAUGAGUGAUAGUUCUGUUGCACAUAGAGAAUUCGAAAGAAAACGCCUUAUAGCACAGGAUACGUUAGCGGCAGAACGACUUCGCAGAAAAGAAGAAGCUGAAGAGAAACGUCGCGAAGAACAGAAAAAAAAAGAAGAAGCCGAUGCAGUAGCUAAAGAAAGUAGACGGAAAAAGCGGGAAGAAAAACGUAAACGUAAAGCUUUGACUAUAUUUCGCAAGAAGGAAGAAGAUAAAGUGUCCAUGAAAAUUGCUAGAGAAGGGCAGAAAUUAAUAAAAGCACAGAGACAGCUCGAAAGUAUUCGUCUUUUAGACGAGCUAUUCGAUCGGAUAAAGAUAAAAGUGGAGAACAAUGAAAUUAAAAUAGACGAUAUGUCAAACACGGAUUCCAAGAAAGAAGAAAGGAAAAACAAUAAAGUAGACGGUACUGUCGAAAUAUUAAGCUCAGAGGAAGAUUCAAAGGAUGAAAAGAAAGACAAGAAAGGAAAGAAAGCAAAAAAGAAAAAGGAAAAGUCCAAAAAAGAGAAAAAGAAAAAGAAGAAACGUAAAAAGGAAAAGGACUCCGAAAAUUCUGCAAGCCUGAGCGAGGAGUCAGGCGGGGAAGAACAAACUAAAAAAUUAAAAAGUGUUCUCAAACAAAACGUCACAUAUCCAUCAUCAUCUACAGCACCCUCACCUUUGGAAUCUCUUCCUUAUCCAACACUUUAUCCACGAUUUCCACAACCGUGGUAUUACGAAGCGACACUGCCCAUGAUUUAUCCGAGUUUACCAAGAGGUAUGCCUAGAGGCAGUCGUUUUCUACGUGGAAGGGGCAGAGGAUUUUCGUGGCGUAACGCUGGAAAUCCUCGCGCGCUGCACACAUUUAAUCCUCAUUUGUAUAACGAGCAGUACUACAAGUACUUUGCUCAUCUAGUGGGCCAGGAUUAUCAUUCUUUCGACUACAGAAGCUCGCGGUCACGUAGUCGUAAGGGGUCGUUCAGCGGAUCUAGGUCAAGAUCUAGAUCAAGAUCGAGGUCUAGAUCGAGAUCCAGAUCGAGGUCGAGGUCGAGGUCGCGAUCGAGGUCAAGAUCGAGAUCGAGGUCCAGGUCUGGUUCGAGAUCGAGGUCAAGAUCGAAGUCCCAAUCGAGAUCGAAAUUGAAGGCCAGUUCGAGAUCGCGAAGCAGAAGGCGAAGCAGGGGCAAAAGCAGAUCUCGAUCGAGAAGACGACGAGGAAGAUCGAAAUCGAGAUCGAAAAGCCCUACAAGAGUGAGAUCUCGAUCGCGUCGAUCCAGAUCAAAGAAGAAAUCUCGUUCGAAGAGUCGAUCCAAGUCUUGGAGCAACAGUAAACAUCGCUACAGGCGUAGGAGGGAGAGAUCAGCGUCUAAGGUGAAGAUUACCAGAGCUAAAUCUCGCACCACGUCGCCUAAAAGAAGAUCCUGUAGUAGUAGUUGGUCUAUGCCAAAGUCUCCUGGCAGAAGAAGUUGUUCUUGGUCGAAAGGUGCAGACGCUGUCAAUAAUAAAACGGACAACAGCAAGUCGACACGCAUAGUGGAGCAAGGAGUCACGAACAAAGAAGCGCCACAAACUUCUCACUUGGAGAACAUAACCUCUGACUGA